AUGAGUACUCCUGCUGAAAUCAUUGCUGCCCGUUAUGAAGAUAACGUUACCGAUUCUGAUAUUUCCUUCGAUGAAGAAACUGCUUCAAUGUCAACCUCAAUUCCUUCAAUUAAUGAUGAAGCUGCUUUCCCAACUUUAGGUGGAGGUAAGAAACCUUCUCCUCAACCAACUUCUUGGGGUCCUUCAUCCAAUGCUAUCAAAGCUCCUAAAUUCAAAUCUUCAACUAUUCAAGAAGCUUUCUCUUUGGAUACUGAAGAUCAAUUGAACUUAGCUAAGCCUGAAUUUGUUAAAGUGGUUUCCACUGUUUCUAGUGAAACCAAAACUAAAAUUGAGUCAACUGUUUCUCAACAUACUAAAAAGAGAACCUUUGUCAUCAAUGGUAAACCUGAAGAUGUUAAACUUGCUAAGAGAUUAAUCAUCAAGAAAAUUACUAAAGGUGUCAAAUUAUCUUUCAAUGUGCCAUCAAAAUUAAGAUCAAGAAUCAUUGGUCCAGGAGGUAAAACUUUGAAACCAAUCAUUGCUGAAUAUGAUAUCAAAAUCGAUAUUGGUAAUGAAGAAACUAUUGAUGAAUCUGCUGAAGAAGAUGAUAUCUUCUAUAAAUCUGUUAUUGUUACUAUUGAAGGUGAUGCUGAAAGUUGUAAAUUAUCUAAAGCUAAGAUCUUAAGUAUUGUCAAUGCUGAAACUAAGAACUUAUCCAUUAAAGUUCCAAUUGAUGAAGAUUUAAAACCUUUUGCUCAAAAAUUCUUACAACCUACCAUUGAUCAAUUUUCUGAUGUUGACGUUUUAUUCCCUGAUUAUAAAUCUUCUAAAGAUACUGUCACUGUUGUUGGUGAUAGAGAAGAAGUCUUAAAGGUUAAAGAAUUAAUCAAAUCUAAAUUGGAUAUUUUAUCAGCAAAAAUUUUCACUGAUGAAGUUCCUAUUCCUGCAACCAAACAUCAAUUUUUACCAAUUGAUAAUAUUUUAGAAGAAUUUAAUGUUUUAAUUAAAUUACCAACUGAUGGUGAAAAGAAUGUUAAAUUCAUUGGUGAAAAAUCCCAAUUAUCAAAAGCUAAGGAAUCUGCCAGACAAACCACUGUUCAAUAUAAUGUUGAAGUUUUAGAAAUGUCCAAAGCCAAUAAGAAUCUAGAUUUAGUUAAAGCUAUUGCUCAAUAUUUAAAGAAAUCAGGUUUUUUCAAGUCUUUACAAUCUGAAUACAAUGUUACUAUCAAUGCUAUCAUCAAUGCUGAAACUGUUCCAAUUGAAAUUGUUAACUCCGAUAAAGAUGCUGUUGUUCCAGUGAAAAAAGCUAUUGUUGCCAAAGUUAACCAAUUAACUCGUGAAACUUAUAAAGUCAUUAAUGACAUCGAUAGUUUCUUAAUUCCAAAGGUUCCUUCAACCAUUGAUUCCAUCACCAAAGAAUUGAAUAUUGCUUAUGUCAUCGUCGAUGGUAAAAUUACCUUGUUCAAUGAAGAAACUGAUAGUGAUACUGAUUUCGUUGAUUCUAACGCCGACGAGAGUUUUGAUAAAGUCGAUAAUGAAUUGAAUUCUUUAAGAGAAUUAGGUAAGAAUUUGGAUACGGUUGAAGUCGAAAUUCCUGCUAAAUCUCAAAAAUUUGUUUCAGGUCCAAGAGAUUGUGUCUUAAACUCCAUUUUGGGUGAAUUAGAACCAAAAACUGUUGAAAUUAAAGUUGGUGACAAAAUCACUUUACAUGGUAUUAAAUCACAAGUAGCUAUCGCUAAGAAAUUGAUCGAACAAGUCGUUAAAGAUGGUGAAGAAUUUGGUGAUAAAUAUUCAACUACUGUAAUUGUGCCAACUAUUGUUUUAUCAAGAUUAAUUGGUAAGAACGGUUCAUUCUUGACUGGUUUAAGAGAAGAAUUUGGUACAAAGAUUGAUGUUGAAGAUGAUAAAGAAAAAUCUGAUAAAUCUGAAAUUUCAAUUGUUGGUUAUAAGAGAACUGCUGAAGCUUGUAAAGCUAAAAUUGUUUCUGUCUCCAAAAGAUGGGCUGAUGAAACCACUGAAACUUUAAGAAUUGAAAGUCAAUACCACAAAAGAAUUAUUGGUGCUAAAGGUGUCUACAUUAACAGAUUACAAGAUAAGUAUGGUGUUAGAAUUAGAUUCCCAUCUGCUCAAGAUCAAGGCGCUGAUGCUCCAAAAACCAAAGAUGAAGUUACCAUCAGAGGUCCUUCAAAGAGUGUUGCCGGAGCUAAAGCUGAAAUUGAAGAAUUAUAUAAAUUCGAAAAAGAAAAUGGAUUCGUUGAAACUAUCAAAAUUCCUGUUAAAGCUAUUUCGAGAGUUAUUGGUAAGAGUGGUGAAACCAUUAAUGAUAUAGCUGAUGGAUUCGGUAUCGAAUAUGAUUUCAAACGUGAUAACAAAGAAAAGGAAGAAGAAUUAGGUUAUGCUGAAGUCAAAUUAACUGGUUCUAAAUCUGGUUUGAAACAAGCUAUUGCUAAACUUAAUGAAAUCAUUAAAGAAGUCGAAGAAUUCGUUUCUAUUGACGUUGAAGUUGAAUCCAAAUAUCACCGUGAUUUAAUCGGUCCUGGUGGUUCUAAAAUGAGAGAAAUCAUCAGUAUCGCUGGUGGUGAUGAUAUUACUCCAAGAGGUAGAUAUCAUAGAUUAUUAACCAUUCCUAACGAAGACUCAGGUUCUGAUUUAAUCAACUCUCAAGGUCCAAAACAAAUCGUUAACAAAAUCAUUGAACAAAUCAAUGAAUUGGUAGCUAACAAAAAAGCUUCUAUCGUUGAAGAAUUAGAUAUUGCCAAAGAAAAACAUAGAUUAAUUAUUGGUCCAUCCGGUUCAAUUCGUCAAGAUUUAGAAAAGGAAUUCAAUGUCUCCAUUAAUGUUCCAAGAGCUGAUAACAAAUCAACCCUUGUUAAAAUCUCUGGUUUACCACAAAACAUUGAAAAUGCUAAAUCUAAAAUCUUAGAAUUAACCAAGGAUGAUUGGUCUGCUUCAUUAGAUGUUCCUGAAGCUUAUCAUGCAUUAGUUGCUGAAAGAGGAGCUAUCUUCAACUAUUUGAAACAAGAAUUCAAUGUUGAAGUUACUCAUGGUCAAAACUUAUCCAGAAAGGCUUCAAAAUUAUCAAACAGUUCAAUUCCUUCUGUUGAUGAAAAACCAGAAGAAGAUUCUAAAUUUAUUAUCUCUGAAUUAUCUUCAGAAAUUGAUGAAUCGAAAAUCAUCCCUUGGAGAUUAAAAGGUGAUGAAGAAUUUACUUCAAAAGCUUUGAAAUUCUUGACUGAAAGAUUAGAAACUGCUAAAUCUUCCAAUUAUCAAGCUUGGUUUUAUUCAUCAAAACCUUCUAGCUUUUCUAGAAUCAUCGGUCCUUCAGGUUCCACUGUUAAGAAAUUAAGAGAAUCAACUAAAACUUUCAUUACUGUUCCAAGAGCCAGUGAUAAAAACAACAAUUACGUUUACUUAGUUGGUACUGAAGAUGCCCUUAAUGAAGCUAAAUUAGCUAUUGAAAAAUUAUUUAAAUAA